AGCACUUCCGGUGUCUCAGGGCGCGCCUGUCCUCUGGUCACGUGACCAACAGGAAGACAAACACUCCGACAUUUAUAAACUCCUUCCUGCAACUUUUUAACCAACAGCUUCGAGAGGAGCAGACCAGAGUCCAGGAUCUUCAACACUUGCAUAGAGCUAAUCGGUGGAUAAACACCUCGCAGACGAUGGAGAACCCUCUGCAGAAGCUGGUGGCUCAGAACAAGAACACGGUGGAGACGGUGAUGGAGGUGUUUGAGCAGGGAGCUGAAGUGGUGGCCAGCAUCGCCGGCGACAUCUUCCCUGUCUUCGCCAUCGCCGCCCCCAUCGUCAAGCUGGCUCUGGACAACGUGGAGAGCAAGGAGGCCGCCUACAUGAAGGAGCAGUUCCAGAAGGUCCGGGACCGCCUGGAGGUGGCCUCCGAGGAGAUCCAGAGAAUCAACGACGAGAUCAAGAAGAACGCGGUGAAUGUGGCGUACUUCUCCGUGGAGGAGAACCUCACCAACCAGUUCAGGAAGUACAUGGACAUCCUCAACGCCAAACCCAAGUUCAGGGAGGUCAAGAAGAAGCUUUUCUUGGAGCAUUUCGCCAAAACCGACGGAGACAAAAACCUCACCGUCCUCUACAACGCGGUGACCGGAGACAACUUCUGCGGGGAGUCUAUGCUGGAGGUCAUCCUGAACUGCGAGGAGAAGAGUCGCCGGCCCAUGGAGGACUUCUGUUCUCGGCUGAAGAACCUGUUCUGCGUGGGGCUCAUCGCGCUGCUGGGCCACGCCGCCCUGAAGGGCUACGGCGAGGAGGACGCCCUCCUGAAGGAGUGGGGCGAGAAGAUGAAGGCUGUCCAGGAGAAAAUGAACGCCGUCAUCGAGGACUGCAUCGUCAGCUUCCCCAAGCAGGCCGAGCUGGACUCCAGGCGGCUGGUGAGGGACCAGGAGGGCCAGACCAACCAGCAGCUGGCCGACGCCAUCGUAGACAAGCUGAAGACCAAGUACGACUGGGUGGGCUGGUCCGUGCGAGUCUUCAGGUCUCCCACGUCGCUGUUCGCCAACAAGAAGGACUUCCACUGCCCCGCAGGGAAGAGCCGCUUCCAGGUGCCCACCUCCGACGAGAAACUGAACAUCUGGGUGUCCUACAGCUCCUCGCCCGAGCCCCUAGAUAAGAACCAGAUCCAGCAGCUGAUCCAGAGCCAGAAGAAGCUGACGGUGAAGGGCGUGGCAGAGGCUCUGUUCGAGGCGUUACCUGGUGACUGCAUGGUUCACACGGUGAAAACCAGCAAAGACCUGGGCUGCUCCUGGAGCUUCACAGACGAGCUGCACUACUGGGAGGAGCACAAGAACCUUUACGUCUGUGUUCACUCCGCUUAAAGGUCCAGAUCCUGAUGAUGAAUCCUUCCUCUGUCCCCGUCUACUGCUGCCAUUCUCACCCCUAAGUCGUCACAUAUUGACGCUUUUCCAAAGUUCCCUCUGCGUACGAUUUUGACGUUUCGGGUACUCCCCUUGUGUCAUUUUUUGACGAGAUGGGGCGGAAUCUGUUGUCAGAAUUUCAGAAAGUGUACAAAACGCACAAAAACUACCAUUCCAAAGCCUAAAAUUACCUUUAUUCACUGUAGACAUCCUAUCCCUGACCCUAGUACCUAAGAUUAACCAUUAAUC